GUCAGCUGCUGAGAGGCUUUUGCUCCGCAGUGGGACAGGAAAAGGGCAGGAAACCUCCAGGGCGUGAAGACUGGGGCUGGGGGCUGAGAGGUGCAAGCAGACCGUGGGACCAUGGCCAAGCUCGUGGAAUGCGUUCCCAACUUCUCAGAGGGGAAUAACAAAGAGGUGAUUGAUGCGGUGGCACAGGCCAUCUCCCGGACACCAGGAUGUGUGCUGCUGGACGUGGAUGCUGGUGCCUCCACCAACCGCACUGUCUACACCUUUGUGGGGUCCCCUGAGGCCGUGGUGGAAGGGGCACUGAGCGCAGCCCGUGUGGCUGGGCAGCUCAUUGACAUGAGCCGACACUCAGGUGAGCACCCUCGGAUGGGAGCCUUGGAUGUCUGCCCCUUUGUGCCAGUAAGGAAUGUCAGCAUGGAGGAGUGUGUCACCUGUGCCCAUAUCUUCGGGCAGCGCUUGGCAGCAGAGCUGAAUGUGCCUGUUUACCUGUAUGGAGCAGCGGCACGGGACGAGAGCAGGAAAGCCCUGCCCUCCAUCCGUGCCGGGGAGUACGAGGCACUCCCCGAGAAGCUUGCAAAACCAGAGUGGUCUCCUGAUUUUGGGCCCCCAACUUUUGUGCCCCGGUGGGGGGCUACAGUGACGGGUGCCCGGACCUUCCUUAUUGCGUACAACAUCAACCUGCUAUGCACCAAGGAACUGGCUCACCGCAUCGCCCUCAACAUCCGCGAGCAGGGCCGUGGCCCUGACCAGCCCGGGCGCUUGAAGAAGGUGCAGGGCAUUGGCUGGUAUUUGGAGGAAGAGAACAUGGCCCAGGUUUCAACAAACCUGCUGGACUUUGAGACCACGCCGCUCCACGUUGUCUACGAGGAGAUCUGCCGAGAUGCACAGGAAUUGAAUCUCCCUGUGGUGGGCUCCCAGCUGGUGGGGCUCAUUCCCAAGAAGGCCAUGCUGGAUGCAGCUGAGUUUUACAUCAAGAAGGAAAAGCUCUUCAUCCUGGAGGAGGAACAGAAGAUCAGGCUGGUGGUCAAUCGGCUGGGUCUGGACUCCCUGUCUCCAUUUCACCCCCGGGAGCGCAUCAUCGAGUACUUGGUGGAGGCAGGAGAGGUGGACGGGGGGCUGGUGGCCAGGCCACUGGGUGCCUUUGUGCACGCAGUUGGAGCGAGGUCGGCAGCACCCGGAGGAGGCUCCGUGUCUGCAGCUGCAGGAGCCCUGGGAGCAGCGCUGGGCAGCAUGGUGGGGCUGAUGAGCUACGGGAAGCGGCAGUUUGAGGACCUGGACCCCAUCAUGAGGAAGCUGAUUCCCCCUUUCCACCAGGCCAUGGAGGAGCUGGUGGCCAUGGUGGAUGCUGACUCCCAUGCCUUCAGCAGCUACAUGGAAGCCAUGAAGCUGCCCAAGAACACCCCUGAGGAACGGGAGAGGCGCAUGGCUGCCAUGCAGCAGGGGCUGAAGAAGGCCGUGGGGGUGCCCUAUGGCCUGGCAGAGAAGGUGACUGGGCUCUGGCCUUCUCUGAAGGAGCUGGCACGACACUGCAACCUGGCCUGCAAAUCUGACAUCCAGGUGGGAGCCAAAAUGCUGGAAGCGGCGGUGUUCGGAGCUUACUUCAAUGUCAUGAUCAACCUCAAGGACAUCACGGACGAGAAGUUCAAGCUCGUGAUGUCACAGAAGGUCUCCGGGCUGCUGGAAGAGGCGAAGCAAGGCUCGGCGGUCGUGCUGGCGCUGCUGGACAAGCGGGUGGCCUGAGAAGGGCUCGGGAGUGCUCUGGGGGUUCUGCAGUGGCAAAUACAUCUGGGAAAUACUCUUGUCCCUGCCUAAGCUGUGUUGGUAUCCAUGUCUGGAGAGCUGCUCUCUAGGCACAGCCAGCAUCAUAUCCCUAUGCCUUUCCCUGGACAAGGGGGAUUUUUGCUGCCUGGGGCUUGGACCCCAGGCUCCAUCCUCCCAUCCCUGGGCCAGACUGGGUUGGUGGUGCCUGGGACCACAGUCAUUCCAACAGAAGGGAUGGCAGGAUCCCUGUGGCACUGCUUGCAAGGAGAUCCCUGUGCAUGAGCACCUCCUGACCUGGCACAGUCCCUGUGUCCAAAAACUGCCAUGAAACACCCUCCCACCCGAGAUCUGGGGCAAGACCAGGCACAGUCCCUUUCUGCCAGGUGUCUUUCAGGCUGUGCGUGACAAUUCCAGCCUGUUGUGUCUGGGAAGGGAGCUCUGCCAAACAUGAGGCACCAUCAGCAGUAUUAGCAGGGUGAUGGGGUGGGUUGAGAUGGGAGAAACCCUGCACCCUUCUCACAGAUCCUCCAAGACAAAAACAUGAAAAUCCGGGCAUCCAGCCCUGCUUCCUGUCCCUGUGGACUGGGUGUGACAGCAGAUACUGUGUCCUCCACCGCACACCGCGGCAGCACCCUGAGCAGUGUCUGGCCCCUGCAUCCCGCUGUCCCACAGCCCAGUCUAUGGGAGGGUCACCCCUGUUCCUGGGCACUGCCUGAGCGGGGAGCACCGAGCCAGGGUUCAUGGCAGGGUCAACUG